GUUCAUCCGUUGGUUUGUUGCGCGAGAGGGGCUUGUCUCGAGGAAGAGGCCAGUAUGGAUCUGUCGCGGGAUAUUCAACAUUUUAAACGAAAUAUCGCCACUCGGUCCACGGUGUCGUCGUGUUCCUCUCUCGCCAUGGAGAUCAAGAGAAAGAAAAUAAGAGAAAGCGUGUUUCUUCAAAACGAGGACUGUGAUAUUCAGGAAAAGUUGGAGUUUGAGAUGCAGAUGAGAGCUGGGGCUUACAAGCUUCUGGUUGCCAGUACUAAAAAAGAGCAGGUGUUGGAUGCUUCCAGGAGUCUGUUAACCUGUAACACCCGAAUUAAAGCGUACAUGAGUGAAUCCCAGAGGAGGAUGCAGCAGCAGGACAUCAAAAGGUCUUCAGACUCUCUGGACCAAAUCCCUUGUAAGGGAAAGGUAGCCAUAUCUGGUGUACGGAUUCCAUUGUUCUGGAAAGAUACAGAACAUUUUAACAGCAAAGGGAAUGUGCAGCGGGUGGCAGUUUUCUGUUUGAUGAAGAUCAGCUCCGAGAUUUUUGACUCUGAAAUGGUGAUUGCAGAUCCCUCAAUGACUGAUAUUUGCUUCGAAGGUGUCCACAUUUUCUCUGAAGCUAAGCCGGACUUUGAUCUGAGGUUUGAGCUGUAUAGCUGUGGACUGGAGGAGGAGACAACCUUCGUCAACACUCCAAAGAAACUGGCCAGGAAGCUGCGCUCCUCUUUUGGCAGAUCCUCAAGCAGGAAACUCUGCCCUCUUCUGGAUGGAGGAGACCCUGACACUUUCCUCCAGUCCAACCCAAUACCAGUAGGUGCUCGAUACUCAUUGUUGGCAUACACCACACUGGGUUUGGAGCAGGCAGAGGGAUCUUUCCAGUCUCAUUCCCUUAUAAUCCUGCAAAACGUGGAGGCUUCGUCGUGGCUGCCGUUGUAUGGUAACUUGUGCUGUAAGCUGGUGGCACAACCUGACUGCAUGACACAAGACACGAUGAGUGGAUACCUGUGCCAACAGCAAAGCAUUGAGGGUUUGCAGCGCCGCUGUAAGCUUUACUGUGUGCUGAAGGCCAGACAGAUUUCAUGCUAUUAUUCACCUGAAGAAAUCCAAGCAAAAGUGGAGCCCAGCCUCAUUAUUCCUAUAAAUAAGGACACCCGUAUUCGUGUGGUAGGAAAGGACCACCAGAGUACUGGCACUAGACUCAACCUGAUAAACCCGGGAAACGGAGACUCUGCCAGUCAUGUGUUCAUUACUGAAACCCCUGAUGUUUUACAGGAGUGGCUGGACGCCCUCCGGCAGCACAUUUAUGACCAGAGUCAGUGGCAACACGCAUGUGACAAGCUUAUGGAAAUUGAGGUGUUGUCCCCACGCAAACCCCCGCUCUUUCUCACCAAGCAAGCUGACUCGGUUUAUAACGAUCUGAGCAUCGUGUCUCCUGUGAAAUUUGAGAGCUUGACUGACAUAAUUCACAAUAAGAUUGAGGAAACUGAUGGGCGCUUUCUCAUUGGUCAGGAGGAGGUCACCGAGCCUCCUCAUUGGGCAGCACUGUUUGAAGGAUCCCGGCCAAUGGCGGUACAAAAAACUAUUCUUUCACCAGGUAAAGAAAGCAAUCAGUCUUUUACAAGUCCUGUGACAGCCAGCAAAAAGAAGAGGAGAGCACCUCCACCACCUCCUGAUAAAUUACAGUUUAUUCAACCUACCAGCUUAUUUUCCAAUCAGGAGAAAGAGAACUGUAAGGGGGCAAGGCCUCGAACGGGGCGACCCUCGCUCGAUGCUAAAUUCUCUGCCAUAAUUCAUCAGUUGCAGAAGAGCCACACAUCCACUCGCAAAACCGCUCCCCUUGGACAGAUCGAGCCCUGUCAGCACCCUUGUGUUCCUCAGAAAAGAGAAGAUGAGUCAGAUAUACCUGAAAAUCCUGGGAAAGAAUAUAGUCAGGCCCCUCAGCCACCUGUGCCGGCCCCCAGGAACAAACUGAGGAUGUCAUUCAGAGAGAAAAUCAACCCAAAAGCCUGGUGAAUUAAUGAGACAUCUUUUUAAUUAAUGAUCUGCUAUGAAAAGAUGAAAUGUGCUUGGAUUCACAAGGAGAUAAACUCCCUCUUGUCCUUUCAUUGAUCAUAUCAAGGGGCCAAGAGAAUGUAUGUAUGGCCUUCCUUGUUUGUUCGAGCUUAAAAAAACACCCAGAAUCAGACAAAAUGUGCUUUUUAUAAAGUCUUACUAUUUUAAUUGUUUUAAAAAUAAGUUUUCAAUUUUCAUGAUUUUAUGAUGAAAUUUUAUGAUUUUAUUUAGUUUUAAAAUUCACUUGAAUAUCAUGUCUUAUAAAGCUAGCUGUCUGUAAUAUCUACUCAUGAUAUAACCACUACAAACAAGCACUUUUGGCCGGCAGCUCCUGCAUCAUCAUUUCUGUGUGUGAGUUUUUACUUUCACCUUUAUAUGACAGAUAAUGUCAAAAUAUGUGUCUGUAGUAUGAAAACGGGUGCAUGUUUUCUAGUUUUUCUCAAAAUAUCAGUAGGUGAAGAAAGAUGUAUCCGGAACUGGUUAAUUAUUUUCUUUUAUUAGAUUUUAUACAGUUAAAACCGCUAAACGGGUAAAUAACAUUUGUACUUUUUUAUUUUUCAUGUUAGACACAAAGAGUUUAAUCUUCAUACUGGAUCAAGUAAUUAAAAUUAGUAAAUUUUUAUACAAGAUCUGGGCACUAUGAAGCACUGUACGUAGGAUACAGUGUGUAUGAAAAUUGUGUUAAUUUACGUAUGAUUUGUUAAGGAUCAUUGGUUUUUAUUUAUGUACACUUCUGAAUGUUUAAGUGGCACAUACACAAUGCAUUCCUGAUGCAUGAUGUUGUAGACUGUUUACAAGAUAAUUCAUGUUUUUAUGGUACUUGUGCAAUGCAUGGUUUCUGUUUGGAACUGUUCUAUUUCAGUUGUUUUAGAGUAAUUCACUCUCUGUCAGCAAUUUUUCUUUGGGAUUUAAUCUUGGAAAAUAUCUUUUUGUAAUUUUGCUAAAAUGAAAUACAACUAUAUUAAAAGUUGUACUAAACUGG